AUGGCCCCCAAGAACACCCAGAAGCGUUCGACCCUUGCCGACGUCGUCACUCGCGAGUACACCAUCCACUUGCACAAGUUGGUCCAUGGUCGCUCCUUCAAGAAGCGCACUCCCCACGCUAUCAAGGCUGUCAAGGAGUUUGCCGUCAAGGCCAUGGGUACCCCCGAUGUCCGUAUUGACACUGGUCUUAACAAGGCUCUCUGGGCUCGUGGUGUUCGCAAUGUCCCCCACCGCAUUCGUGUCCGCAUUGCUCGCAAGCGUAACGAUGAUGAGGAUGCUGUCCACAAGCUUUACUCCUACGUCACCUUUGUCCCCACCCCCAACGGUGCCAAGGGUUUGGAGACCGUCGUUGUUGACGAUGAGUAA